AUGUCUUCCAUAGUAAAAGGUAUAAUUCUGAGGACAACACCGGAUAAUAGGCUUUUCAAUGGAAGAAGAAGCACAAGGUUGCAGUGGCAGGAGUUACAGUUACGGCUUAGAUCACCAUGGAAAACCAGAAAAACAACGUAUCAGACUUCAAUUCGAAGCCAAGCUAUUGUUACCCCAACAACACCACCUACCACCAAAAAGAGGGUGUUCACCUUUGGCAAAGGUAAGAGUGAAGGCAACAAGGCCAUGAAGUCCUUGUUGGGAGGAAAGGGGGCCAAUUUGGCUGAAAUGGCAACAAUUGGUUUAUCUGUGCCUCCUGGACUCACUAUAUCAACUCAAGCAUGUCAAGAAUAUCAACAAAAUCUAAAAAGUUUGCCACAUGGUUUGUGGGAUGAAAUUCUUGAAGGCCUGAAUUUUGUUGAAAAUGAAAUGGGGGCCUUUCUUGGAAAUCCUUCAAAACCUCUCCUCCUCUCUGUACGCUCAGGUGCUGCGAUUUCCAUGCCUGGAAUGAUGGACACAGUUCUUAAUCUUGGAUUGAACGAUGAAGUGGUUGCUGGGUUGGCUGCAAAAAGCGGAGAGCGGUUUGCUUAUGAUUCUUAUAGACGUUUCUUAGAUAUGUUUGGGGGUGUUGUAUUGGACAUUCCGCACUCAUUGUUUGAGGAGAAGUUAGAAAAGCUUAAGUAUUCAAAAGGUGUUAAACACGACACUGAUCUAACAGCCAAUGAUCUCAAAGAUCUGGUUGAGCAAUACAAGAAUGUCUACCUUGAAACUAAGGGAGAAAAGUUUCCCUCAGAUCCAAAGAAGCAACUAGAAUUAGCUGUUAAAGCUGUUUUCAAUUCUUGGGAUAGUCCAAGGGCUAAUAAGUAUAGAAGCAUUAAUCAGAUAACUGGGCUAAUGGGCACCGCGGUGAAUAUUCAAUCCAUGGUGUUUGGUAAUAUGGGGAAUACUUCAGGAACGGGUGUUUUAUUCACUAGAAAUCCUAGCACCGGGGAAAAGAAACUUUACGGGGAAUUUCUCAUUAAUGCUCAGGGAGAGGAUGUAGUUGCUGGAAUCAGGACACCUGAAGAUUUAGACACUAUGAAAACUUGCAUGCCAGAUGCUUAUAAGGAACUUGUGGAGAAUUGUGAAAUUCUCGAGAAUCAUUACAAGGAUAUGAUGGACAUUGAGUUCACAGUUCAAGAAAAUAGGUUGUGGAUGUUGCAAUGUCGAAGUGGAAAGCGUACCGGUAAAGGUGCAAUUAAAAUAGCUGUAGAUAUGGUCAAUGAGGGCCUUGUUGAUAUUCGUUCUUCGAUCAAGAUGGUAGAACCACAACAUCUUGAUCAGCUCCUACACCCACAGUUUGAGGAUCCAUCUAAAUACAAGGAUAAAGUGGUUGCCACUGGCUUGCCUGCAUCGCCUGGAGCUGCAGUUGGGCAGGUCGUCUUCACUACAGAUGAUGCUGAAGAAUGGCAUGCACAAGGAAAGAGUGUCAUCUUGGUGAGGACAGAGACAAGUCCAGAGGAUGUUGGGGGUAUGCACUCGGCUGUUGGCAUCUUGACAGCUAGAGGUGGUAUGACAUCUCAUGCUGCUGUCGUAGCACGUGGAUGGGGAAAAUGUUGUGUGUCGGGUUGCUCAGAUAUUCAAGUAAAUGACCAUGACAAGGUGGUUGUCAUUGGAGAUAAGGUAAUAUCAGAAGGAGAAUGGAUCUCAUUGAAUGGAUCCACGGGUGAGGUGAUAUUGGGAAAGCAACCACUUUCUCCUCCGGCUCUAAGUGAUGAUAUGGAAACUUUCAUGUCUUGGGCUGAUGGAAUAAGGAAUUUGAAGGUUUUGGCAAAUGCCGACACACCUGAAGAUGCAAUAACAGCUAGACGAAAUGGCGCUCAAGGGAUUGGACUCUGCAGGACAGAACACAUGUUUUUUGCUUCAGAUGAAAGGAUAAAGGCCGUAAGGAUGAUGAUAAUGGCUAUUACUCAAGAACAGAGAAAAGCUGCACUUGAUUUGUUGUUACCUUAUCAAAGAUCAGAUUUUGAGGGAAUUUUCCGUGCAAUGGAUGGUCUCCCAGUUACAAUCCGAUUGUUAGAUCCUCCACUUCAUGAAUUUCUUCCUGAAGGUGACCUCGAACAUAUUGUCAAUGAACUAACUUCUCAGACUGGCAUGAAAGAAGAAGAAAUAUUCUCUAGGAUAGAAAAACUCUCCGAAGUUAAUCCCAUGCUUGGCUUUCGUGGCUGCAGGCUGGGAAUAUCGUAUCCAGAAUUGACAGAGAUGCAGGCCCGUGCAGUUUUCCAGGCUGCUGUUUCAGUGAGUAGCCAUGGUAUCUCAGUUCUUCCCGAGAUAAUGGUUCCACUUAUCGGCACACCUCAGGAAUUAAGACAUCAAGUGAGUUUAAUAAGGGAUGUUGCUGAGAAAGUUUUCUCUGAGAUGGGCUCUUCUUUAAGCUAUAAGGUUGGAACUAUGAUUGAAGUUCCAAGAGCUGCACUUGUUGCAGAUGAGAUUGCAAACGAAGCCGAUUUUUUUUCAUUUGGAACCAAUGACCUUACACAAAUGACAUUUGGCUACAGUAGAGAUGAUGUUGGAAAAUUUCUUCCUAUAUACCUAUCCGCUGGGAUUUUGCAGCAUGACCCAUUUGAGGUACUCGACCAAAAAGGUGUAGGUCAACUCAUCAAAUUGUGUACAGAAAAGGGUCGCGCUGCUAAACCAAACUUAAAGAUUGGAAUAUGCGGAGAGCAUGGAGGAGAGCCAUCAUCUGUUGCAUUCUUUGCUCAACUUGGACUUGACUAUGUCUCAUGUUCUCCCUUCAGGGUUCCAAUUGCUAGGCUUGCAGCAGCUCAAGUUGCAGUGUAA